AUGAUAGUUUUGGGGUGGCUCAACAGCCAUUCAUCACGAUUAAAGACGUUCGUAGCUAACCGUGUUAGUCAAACUCUAGAGCUAACAAGAGCUAAACAGUGGCAUUAUAUACCAACAAAUGAAAAUCCAGCCGACGUCCUUUCUAGAGGAACAACAGCGCAAGAGUUGCAACAAGCAAAUGGUUGGUGGUUUGGGCCACAUUGGCUAUCAAAAGAUACAUUAUCGUGGAGCAAGGAAGAUGAUCUUGAACAGAUACCAGAAGAAGCACUACCAGAGCUUAGAACCAUGCAAUUGAGUCUGGUUGUAGUACAGCAUAGAAAUGCAUUGCUAGAUAAGCAUUCAGAAUGGGAGAAGUUAACUCGCGCAACAGCUUGGAUUUUGAAAUUUAUUGAGUUCUUAAGACUUAAGAAAUGUAUGAGAAAGAGUCUUAAGUAUCUAACAGCAUCAGAUCUCAAAAAGGCAGAACGAUGGUUGAUAAGAUGUGCUCAGAAGGAUGAAUUUGAAGCGGAAUUUAAAGCGCUAAGUAUUGGCAAGGAACUGCCAAAAAACAGUAAGAUACGAGGACUAUCCCCAUUUAUCAGUACAGACAAUAUACUUGUGGUUGGAGGAAGACUACAUCAUUCAACACUUUCAAAUGAACAAAAACACCCCAUAGUUUUACCAUUUGGUCAUAAGGUCACGCGGCUAAUUUUUAUAUACUAUCAUGAAGUACUGUUACAUGGAGGCCCCCAGUUGUUGUUAUCAGAAGUCAGACUUCGGUUUUGGCCUGUAAAGGGUAGAAUAAUAGCUCGUUCUACAACAUCACGUUGCGUUACCUGUAUUCGAGCCAAGCCUAAAUUUAAAAAUCCGAUCAUGGCUACCUUGCCAAGUACUAGAGUACAGCCUGCCAGACCAUUUGCGACAACAGGGGUUGAUUUUGCGGGGCCCUUAGAUGUUCGAAGUGGUAUACGCCGUGUCACAAGCAUAAAGACAUGGAUUGCAGUUUUUGUGUGUCUAGCUACUAGAGCUAUACAUUUGGAGCCAGUGGUUGGGCUUACGAGCAAUGCCUUUUUUGCCGCACUGCGACGGUUUAUGGCACGCAGAGGUAAAUGUUCAAAAAUAUAUAGUGACAACGCUACAAAUUUCGUGGGUGUUCAACGAGAAUUAGCAACCUAUCUGCAAAGUGUAGAUGCAAGUGUAGCCAAAGAAGGAAUAGAUUGGCAUUUUAACCCUCCAGGCGCCCCACAUUUUGGUGGAAUAUGGGAGAGUGCCGUGAAAAGUGCAAAGCACCAUCUGACUAGAGUACUUAAGGAUGCUAAGCUCACGUUAGAAGAGCUAGGUACUUUACUUUGUCAAAUUGAGGCAUGUUUGAACUCUCGUCCAUUGACCCCGUUAAGUUCUCAUCCACUAGACCUAGAGCCCAUAACACCAGCGCAUUUUUUAAUUGGGGGACCAUUGCUCCUGGUCCCAGAAGCUGAUUUAUCCAAUGAAAAUAUCAGCACAUUACGAAAAUGGAGAUAUGUGCAGGCCUUGAUGCAGACGUUCUGGAAAAGGUGGUCAAAAGAAUAUUUACCACAGCUUCAAGUUCGAAGCCGUUGGUUAGCUCAAACUGAGCAAGUAAAAAUUGGAGAUAUUGUUAUCAUCAAAGAAGAAUGUACGCCGCCAGGAAAAUGGAAAUUAGGAAAGAUCCUAAAAACUCAUCCGGGAAGUGAUGGUAUUGUACGAGUAGUUACAUUGAAAACAUCAAAUGGUAAUGAACUCAAACGACCAGUCGUCAAAUUAUCCCGUUUACCGGUAGAAGAGGAAGAUCAGAACUUUGAAAAUCAUAAUUUUCAAAGGGGGGAGAAUGUUUGCGCCGCCGCCGAUGCUCGCGCGAUUUAG